AUAGUUCACAAAAAAAACAUUUAAAAAAAAAAGAAAAGAAAAGAAAAGGAAAGAAAAGAAGAGAAAAGAGGAACGGAGAAGAAAGAGACAGAUUCAUCAAUCUUUUGGUGUUUGCUGCAUAAAAGAAUUUCUCAACCCAAAUCAGGUGUUUUUGGACUUUGAAGCUUCCUCUGCUUUGCUUUGCACAACGGUCCACGAAAAAACCCUAGAAUCAGAUCGAAAGUAUUCGAGAUUCGAUUUGAGUUUCGGAAUUAAGUGCCGGCCGAGGAGUUGCUGACGGAUUAGACGAGAAAUGAGUGCGCCGAAGAAGUGGAACUUUCAGAUUGAGGCUUUUAAGCAUCGGGUCGUGGUUGAUCCAAAAUAUGCAGAGAAGACCUGGAGUAUUAUUGAGCACGCGAUUCACGAGAUUUACAAUCACAACGCCAGUGGCCUUAGUUUUGAAGAGCUCUACAGGAAUGCAUACAACAUGGUUCUACAUAAAUUUGGAGAGAAGCUCUACUCUGGCCUUGUGUUUACUAUGACCGAACAUUUGAAAGAUAUUUCGAAGUCAAUAGAGGCUGCCCAGGGAGGUUUGUUUUUAGAAGAGCUGAACAGGAAGUGGGCAGAUCAUAACAAGGCAUUGCAAAUGAUUCGUGACAUCCUAAUGUACAUGGACAGGACUUUCAUUCCUAGUACCCGCAAAACACCGGUUUAUGAACUCGGAAUGAAUCUGUGGAGAGACAAUGUUAUCCACUCCAACAAAAUCCAAACGAGGCUUCAAGACACGCUUCUUAAACUUGUGGAACAAGAGAGGACCGGCGAAGUGAUAAAUAGGAGUUUAAUGAGGAACAUUACCAAAAUGCUGACUGAUUUAGAUAUUUCAGUUUAUGAACUAAAUUUUGAGAUUCCUUUCCUUGAAGUCUCGGCCAACUUUUACCGAGUUGAGUCUCAGCAGUUCAUUGAGUCGUGUGAUUGUGGACAAUAUUUGAAGAAGGCCGAGAAACGGCUCAAUGAAGAGAUCGAAAGGGUUUCUCAUUACUUGGAUCCGGGAAGUGAGUCAAAAAUUACUGCUGUUGUGGAGAGGGAGAUGGUUGAAAGUCAUAUGCACAGAUUAGUUCACAUGGAAAACUCAGGAUUAGUGAAUUUGAUUGUUGAUGAUAAGUAUGAUGAUUUGGGAAGGAUGUACAAUCUGUUCAAAAGGGUGUCAAACGGGCUCUCUUUACUAAAAGACGUAAUGACUGCUCACAUCCGAGAAGUCGGCAAGCAACUCGUCACCGAUCCAGAAAAGUCAAAGGAUCCUGUUGACUUUGUUCAGAGGCUAUUGGAUGAGAAGGAUAAACACGACAAGAUUAUUAGCAAGGCGUUUAACAAUGAUAAGAUGUUCCAGAAUGCCCUAAACUCAUCGUUUGAGUAUUUUAUCAAUUUGAAUCCUCGGUCUCCCGAGUUCAUCUCUUUGUUCGUGGAUGACAAUCUGAGGAAAGGGUUGAAAGGGGUUAGCGAAGAGGACGUGGAGAUUCUAUUGGACAAAGUUAUGAUGCUUUUUCGGUACCUUCAGGAGAAAGACGUGUUUGAGAAGUACUACAAACAGCAUCUAGCAAAACGGCUCCUUUCUGGGAAGACCGUCUCUGACGAUGCAGAGAGAAGUUUAAUAGUUAAGCUUAAAACAGAGUGUGGGUAUCAGUUCACCUCAAAAUUGGAAGGUAUGUUUACGGACAUGAAGACUUCGCAGGACACCAUGCAAGAGUUCCAUUCAGCUGUGGGCCCUGAACUAGCCGAUUAUCCCACACUUGCUGUUCAGGUCCUCACCACCGGAUCCUGGCCCACACAAUCUGUCACCCCGUGUAACCUCCCAUCCGAGAUUCUUGGGGUGUGUGAAAAGUUCAAGUCGUACUACCUGGGGACCCACACUGGCCGGAGGCUGACAUGGCAGACGAACAUGGGCACGGCCGACUUGAAGGCCACGUUUGGGAAAGGACAGAAGCACGAGCUUAACGUUUCCACCUACCAGAUGUGCAUCCUAAUGCUCUUCAACAACUCUGAUAUGUUGAGCUAUAAAGACAUCGAACAGGCAACAGAGAUUCCCACCUCAGAUCUUAAGAGGUGUUUGCAGUCUCUUGCUUGCGUGAAGGGGAAGAACGUUCUGCGCAAGGAGCCCAUGAGUAAAGACAUUGCCGAAGAUGAUUUCUUUUACUUCAACGACAAAUUCACCAGCAAAUUCUUCAAGGUCAAAAUAGGUACCGUCGUUGCGCAGAAGGAAUCUGAACCAGAGAAACAGGAGACAAGACAGAGGGUGGAGGAGGACAGGAAACCGCAGAUAGAGGCGGCAAUAGUUAGGAUCAUGAAGUCGCGCCGGGUGUUGGAUCAUAACAAUGUCGUUGCAGAAGUGACGAAGCAGUUGCAGUUGCGGUUCCUUCCAAAUCCGGUGGUGAUAAAGAAACGGAUCGAGUCUCUGAUCGAGCGGGAGUUUUUGGAAAGGGAUAAAACAGAUAGGAAGUUGUAUCAUUACCUGGCUUGACCAGAAUAACCUUUCAUUUCUAUAUCCUUCUGCAUCCCAUUCUAUUUCAUUUGGGCUGAGUUUCCCUGAAAAACUGAUCUGAUGUUUUGAAUGAAUUUCUUGAAUCAUUCAUUUGUUGGGUGUUGUUUUAUAUGCAGACCUCUCAAUUCAGACCCAUUUCUGAUGAAGCGUUUAGGAUGCACAUCUGGUUGUUAUAUCAAAAGUGGUACUGUAUGUAUGUAAUUAACAAUCAGUUUCUUAUUCUGCACAAGUCACCUCUGGUCUGCAAGGUG